GACCGUGUGGGAAUGGUCGGUCCGCGCGCUGGGGGCUGGACCGCUACCGAGCAGAAACAGAGCAAAAAGAGUUUUUAAAUGUCCGCCAUGUUGUCCAUGGCGCACUGAGCCAACGAUAGGGGAGCGGAGCGUCGGAGAGAAACAGUCCGAGAGAGAGCGACCAAGAUCCGGGCCUUUCCCCCCGGCUCCGUUUGGCGACGCCCUUAAAUUUACAAGCUUACAGCCAAUCCGAACCGUCAGAGUAGAGAAAUAACCGCACAGAAACAUCCAUGAAAGCUCCACUCGGCACCGUUGUGAAUAUUAGGAGAUCCGAUAGAUUUAUAUUGCAUCUCGACUUGUGAAAUAAUGAGUAAAUUGUCGUUUCGGGCGCGGGCGCUGGACGCUUCCAAGCCACUACCCGUCUUCCGUUGUGAGGAUUUACCCGACCUACACGAAUAUGCAUCCAUUAACCGGGCCGUGCCCCAGAUGCCUACGGGGAUGGAGAAAGAAGAGGAAUCGGAACACCAUCUCCAGAGGGCCAUCUCGGCGCAGCAGGUAUAUGGCGAGAAGCGGGACAACAUGGUCAUCCCGGUCCCCGAGGCAGAGAGCAACAUCACGUACUACGAGUCCCUCUACCCCGGGGAAUUCAAGAUGCCAAAGCAGCUAAUUCACAUACAGCCUUUCAGCUUGGACACAGAGCAGCCAGACUACGACCUGGACUCGGACGACGAUGCGUUUGUCAACAAGCUGAAAAAGAAGAUGGAGAUCAGCUUGCUGCAGUUUGAGGAGAUGAUAGACCGGCUGGAGAAAGGCAGUGGACAGCAGCUGGUGAGCCUUCCGGAGGCCAAACUGCUGCUGAAGGAGGACGACGAGCUCAUCAAGGAGGUGUUUGACUACUGGAGCCGCAAGAGGAAAAACAGCAAGGCCAACUCCCUCAUCCCCACCGUCAAGCAGGAGAAACGGGACGGCUCCAGCACCAGUGAUCCCUAUGUGGCCUUCCGACGGCGCACCGAGAAGAUGCAGACCAGGAAGAACCGUAAGAAUGACGAGGCGUCCUACGAGAAGAUGCUGAAGCUGCGCAGGGAUCUCAGCCGAGCCGUCACCAUCCUGGAAAUGAUCAAGAGGCGAGAGAAGAGCAAGAGAGAGCUGCUGCAUCUCACACUGGAGAUCUUUGAGAAGAGAAACGUCAUGUCAGACUAUGGCGGCGAGGUGAUGGCAGAGGUGUUGGCUGAGCGGGCACUGGUGAGGCCGCAGAUCAUUCCCCUGGUCCCCCUCACCAACCAGUACCGACACCAGGACCACAUGGACCUCAAGGACUACAAGCCCAAGCCCGAGAAGACAGAAGUUCCCCGGCCGAAGAGGAAAUACGAGAAGAGGCAGAAGGUAUUGCCUCUUUCAUCGGGCGUCCCCCACCAUCCGGGUCCCGUGGUCUUCAAUGCCAAGGACCUCAACCAGUACGACUUCCCCAGCUCGGAUGACGAGCCCUUCUCCCAGCUGCAUUCAGGCUCAUCAGAAGCAGAGGAGGAGAACGACCCAGAUGGUGCCUACGCCUUUCGCAGGAAGGCAGGCUGCCAGUACUACGCUGCUCAUCAGGAUCGCGUGGGCAGCUGGCCGUGGUGCGGACCAUGGGAGGCCGGCUUGGCAGAAGCUCGCUUUCGCUACAGUCUCACCACGCUCACCGUGCCGCGGCGCUGCCUCGGCAUGGCUCGACGUCGCGUGGGACGAGGUGGCAGGGUGUUGCUGGACAGGGCGUACACGGACUAUGACAACAUUUUCCACGGACUGGAUGCAGAAAUGCUCGACCUGCCUCUUCCCUCCUCUCCUCCCCCUCCCACUCCUCCUCCUCCUACAACUACUUCACACUCACCGGCCACCGACAAGUUUGCCAGUACCUCAGAAACAAAUACCUCAGAUAGAAGUUCCUCCUCCCUUCCCCCUUCUUCCUCUCCCUCUUCCACGGACCUCAGUCAGAUACUGUUGAAUAUAAAGUCGUGCCGAUGGAGGCACUUUAGACCACGGACACUACCACUACAUGAGCUGGACAAUGCCCACCCGCUAUUCAGGAAGUUGAGUCGAGGCCUGAAGCGGUCAGUCUCGGCCUCCACGGCUGGGGGACAACCCUUCGGCUCUCACCGCCCGCCAAGGGUUCUCCCUGCACCCGCACCUAUUGCUGCUUUCACAGCCGAACAGUACCAGCAGCAUCAGGAGCAGCUGGCCCUGAUGCAGAAACAGCAGCUGGAGCAGAUCCAGCUGCAACAGCAAGCCAACAGCACCGCCACUGCAAACAGCACACACGGCCUGGCAAAUACGUUGGACCAGGCCAGCGCUCAGUUCGCCGCCUCGGCUCUCGUCACCGCCGACCAACUGCUCUCUCUCAAAUCCAAGGAGGAGCUAGCCCUGGGAGGCGGAGUCAACGGCGUCCUCUCCCCCUCAGGUGUCUACAAGGGCUUGCACCUCUCGAGCACAGCGUCCCCUUCCCCCGCCGCCCCGGCUCCUGUCACCACCACCCCAACACCCGCCUUGCUCCACCCCUGCACCACCUCCGCCACCAGUAACAACAACGGCACCGCCCACCCUGCCAACACCACCACUACCACUACCGCCACCACUCAGGUCCUGCUGGGAAACAACAACAGCCUCCGUCUGGGUGUUCCCACCGGCAAGCGUGUCCACGCCCCCCGGACGUUGAGCACCACCAUGUCAACAUCCGCCUUAAAGCUCGCCCAUGCAGCCGCUGCCACCGCCAACUGUCAGAAACCCAAGGUCACUACGGCCUCGGCCUCGCCGCUGGACAUAGUGCCCAGGGAGAAUCACGAACAAGACAAGCCAGCACUGAACAGUCUAUCAGAGAACACAAUGGCCAUGGAGGUUACGUAGCCUCCCGUACGCAGCACGGGGGAAGCGUAACUCCUUUUUGUUUGUUUUUUUUUGUUUUUUUUAGGUGCUAUGCAUCGUUCGUUAGUCGUGAAAAGCAAGUGGUGGCGGAAUGAGCACGGCAAGGCUGGGUUUCCAUGGUAACUGUUUUGGGACUUAAUUGCAAUGCUCGUCUCGUACAAUUAUUAUUUUUUCUCUCUCUCCCCAUUUCCCUAUUUGUUACUGUUAAUAAGAGAUCGUCUGUAAAUUCUUAAUAUGGCAAUUAUAUGUACAGUACUGCAUAUUUGUAAUACCCCCCUCCUCCUCCUCCCACCCAUCCUCCCUGUUCUUGUAUAUAACAUUACUUGAAUACAGAAUUGUUCAUUUGUGAUGUUUUGCACUCGAGACAUUUAAAAAAAAAAAAAAAAAAAAAGGAAGAAAAAAAAAUCCAAAUUAAAAAGAGAAAACGACAAACUGCAACUGGUGCGAUGUAUGAGGUGUGAAAGUUGUACCACAGAAAAAUGUAUGUCAUCACAUGCAUGGUGCGGAACCUGCUGUUUGAUCUAUUUAUUGUGCCGUGUUUACAAAGAUUUUUUUUUUUCUCCAUUCAUGUUUUUUUUUUUAUACACUGUACCCCUCACCGGUUCCCCGUGCUGUAGUCAGUGUUUAGCUAGAUUUAAAAAAAAUAAGAAGAAAAAUUCUUUAUUUUUUUUAUUUUGAAAAAAAAAUUUUUGGAUGUUGUGAACAUGGCCGGGACGGUUUUCGCCCUUUUUUUUUUUUUUUUUUUUUUUUUUUUUUUUUUUUUUUUGUUGGGCGUCCCUUCCACGAUGUUCCCGUGUGUCAUGUUUGAAUCCAUGGAGACGUGCAUUCAUGCAGAUUCAGGCGCAGAGCAGUAGAAGACGACGGCGAUGACGACGGGUGUGAAUUUGUUUGUUGUAGGCAUCAGUUUGUCGGUGGGUUAAUCAGUUUUCCACAAAGCUCUUUCAUUACGUAUAUUAUUCCUGAGACAAGUAACAAAAUGGGGAUGAAGACUCUUUCCCAGAAGCUGCUUCUGACUUAUCAAAGCACUAUAUAAUUUGUUUUUUUUUAAUUGAUUGAUGCUGCUUUUGUAUGAUUUUUGGUCUCCGGUUUGCACCGGACGGCUUUAUUUACUUUUUGUUUUCUCUAAAAGAUAAUCCCCCCCCGUCACCUCAUCAUUUUUUAAAAUAAAUAUUUUUGUAUCUCCCUUUUUUUUUUCCUCACAAAAGACUUCAUUCUUGUUACUUGUUGAUCUAAAAAAAAAAAGAGAGAAAAUCUAAGGGAGUUAAAAAAAAAA